AUCAUUUUUAACUCUCAACAGAACAAAGAUCUAUUCAGUGAACAUGGUGCGCACAGUUUUCCGAGUUUUUGCAUUGAUGUUGGUUGUCAUGACAUUCUUUGUAGCAGCAACUCCACAAUUGCCAUGGGGUGUACCUGCCAUUAGACCAACAAUCAGUACUGAGAAUAUCGAAGGCCUACAGGGCACCUGUCCUGAGCCCACAGAAGAAUUGAAGGCGUGCAUACGCCAAUGGGGUUGUCAAGAAUUGCUACGUCUGGAUCUGCGUUGCCUGAUAAACUUGAAUGGUAUCCCGCUAGUUGGCAAUGUUUUGGGUGGUUUAUUGGGUGGACUUGGUGGACAGUCUCCAAGGCCAGGUGGCGCACAAGGCGGCUUGUUAGGAGGCUUGUUAGGAGGUUCUGGUGGCUUGUUAGGAGGUUCUGGUGGCUUGUUAGGAGGUUCUGGUGGCCUACUGGGAUCACUAUUGGGUUGAUCACACACGUAUCUACAUAUAUACACUUAGAAUUAAGUUUAAGCUUUCGCUAUAUUAAAUAUUCAACGAGAAUCAAAAAAAUGCAUAAUACGUAUAUAUAUUAUAUAUACAAAAUUA